UAAGGUUUUUAUUGUUGGCACAACUGGGCACCGAAGCUCUGAGGAUGGCAUUUGACAAUAAAGUUCCACCACCCCUCCUGGCUUCUCAUCUACAGACUCAUACACGCAAACUGAAGGAGAGAUGUACUUCUCAGCAGAUGAAAGUCCUUUUUCCAACCUGUCCGGUAUCGACGACAAACUUUGAUACAACUUUGCUCUACACUCUUUUCCGUAAUACAGUGAGUGUAAAGGCACCCUCUAAUGGUUGGGGCAAAGAUCCUCGACCUCACAACACCUCUCUUACUGAUGAUAUAGAGCGUGUUAGGAUACACAGAAACUCCAUCUGUCAUGGGAAGACUUCAAUGGAUCAACUGACUUUCCAAAGAAAAUGGUUUGAUUUAUCAGAGGCAAUUUCUCGUUUGAGUAAUGGAAAAUUGAAAAAAGAAACCUCUUCUUUGGAGACGAGAAAUUUUGAUAAGAAAGCUAGGAAGAGUAUCAUGGAUGACUUUGAUCUCCUAAAAAAUAGAGUCUCAGAGUUGGAACAGACUCAUAUACCAGCGCACAUAAAAGGUACUUUCUCUUUUGUAAAUGAAAAAUACAGUCACAAAAUUAUUCAAGGUGGGAAAUUAAGUAACCAAAGACUACAUGGGGGUAAAUAGUAAACACUUUGUUAUAAUGUUUUAUGAUGAUGUUAUAUUAAAUA